GCGCAUACUACUCCCCCAACAAAAAAGAACAAGAUAAAACGCAACUUGUUCAGACAGUAGAUAAUAUGUCAGAUAGCAGGCUCAUCGAUGUGGAUCCACAGGACCAGCUAGAGCUGCAGAUUUUGGACCCGAGCCAAGACAGUCCACCCCAGGGAAGUGGGAGUGUCAGCCUGGGCAGCACACCGCCCCAACGGCUGUCAAAGCGCAACAGUUCUGAGCGCAGUCUACCCCUCCGCAGCUACAGUAAAUGGGCGCCCACGGAGCAAGGCGCGACACUUGUCUGGCGCGACUUGUGUGUCUACACAAAUGUGGGUGGAUCCGGCAAAAACAUGAAGCGGAUCAUUAAUAACUCUACUGGCGCCAUCCAGCCAGGCACGCUGAUGGCGCUCAUGGGUGCUAGUGGCUCGGGAAAGACGACUCUAAUGUCAACACUGGCCUAUCGGCAGCCAGCCGGCACUGUGGUUCAAGGUGAUAUACUGAUAAACGGCCGACGCAUUGGACCGUUCAUGCACCGCAUCAGUGGAUAUGUGUAUCAAGACGAUCUCUUCAUGGGCACGCUCACAGUGCUGGAGCACUUAAAUUUCAUGGCCCAACUGCGCUUGGACCGGAGGGUGUCGCCGCAGGAGCGCAAGCUGAUCAUUAGCGAGUUGCUGGAGCGCACAGGCCUCCUGUCGGCGGCCCAUACGCGGAUUGGCAGCGGGGACGACAAGAAGGUGCUUUCGGGGGGCGAGCGCAAGCGUCUGGCGUUUGCGGUCGAGCUGCUCAACAAUCCGGUAAUUCUUUUUUGCGACGAGCCCACCACCGGCUUGGACUCGUUCAGCGCCCAGCAGCUCGUACAGACGCUCUACGAGCUGGCCCAGAAGGGCACAACCAUACUGUGUACCAUACACCAGCCCUCAAGUCAACUGUUCGAUAACUUCAAUAAUGUGAUGUUACUGGCCGAUGGUCGUGUGGCCUUCACUGGCUCGCCACAAAACGCGCUCACCUUCUUUGCUCAGCACGGUUACUACUGCCCGGAUACUUACAAUCCGGCAGAUUUCCUAAUUGGCGUGCUGGCCACGGACCCGGGAUUCGAGCAAGCCUCGCAGCGUUCUGCGCAGCAUAUGUGUGAUCAGUUUGCCGUCAGUUCGGCGGCCAAGCAGCGCGACAUGCUCGUCAAUCUGGAAAUUCAUAUGGCUCAGACUGGAAACUUUCCCUUCGACAAGGAGGUGGAGCUAUUCAGAGGAGCCGCCUGGUUCAGGCAAUUUCGCGUCGUCUGGAUGCGCGCCACAUUAACACUACUGCGGGAUCCGUCCAUUCAGUUGGUCCGUCUGAUUCAGAAAAUGGUCCUGACCCUGGUUAUAGGCGCCUGUUUUGCGGGCACUAUAGAUACCACCCAGCUAGGCGUACAAGCGGUGCAGGGCGCCCUCUUUAUCAUGAUAUCUGAGAACACCUACCAGCCCAUGUACUCGGUCAUGAAUGUCUUCCCACAGGGCUUUCCGCUCUUUUGGCGGGAGACGCGAUCUGGCCUAUACACCACAGCGCAAUAUUAUGUUGGCACCGUGCUUGCUAUGCUGCCGGGCAUGUUAAUCGAUCCGCUGCUGUUUGUAAGCGUUUGCUAUUGGAUAUGCGGGCUGCGUCCCGAUUUGUAUGCCUUCGGUAUCACAGCAAUAUUUGUGGUGCUGACACUGAAUGUGGCAACUGCUUGUGGCUGCUUCUUCUCGACUGCCUUCAAUUCGGUACCGCUGGCCAUGGCCUAUCUGGUGCCGGUUGAUUACAUAAUCAUGAUUACCUCGGGCAUAUUUAUCAAAAUUAGCACCUUGCCAGUGGCCUUUUAUUGGACGCAGUUUCUCUCCUGGAUGCUGUACGCCAACGAGGCCAUGACCAUUGUGCAAUGGUCCGGCGUGCAAAAUAUCACCUGCUUCGAGGAGAGCGAGGACCUGCCCUGCUUCCACACUGGCCAGGAUGUGCUGGACAAAUACAGCUUCGAUGAGUCGCAUCUCUAUCGCAACAUGCUGGCCUGUCUGGGCCUCUACUUUGGCUUCCACCUGCUCGGCUACUAUUGCCUGUGGCGGCGGGCGCGAAAAAUUUAAAAUUAAACAUCAACAAUGUUUGUCUCUGUUAAUAUAAAUUAAUGUCGCGCUGUUGUUGUGAAGCAAUGCAACACUUUCUAGCAAACAUACCUACCAACAUAAAGUACACACAAAUGUAAAUAGUUAUGAAAUGCUUCGACACUUGCCAAACUUAUUUGUAAGUUUUAUUAACACAUUUUUUGCAGUUUGCACAUUAAACAUUUACAACAUUUCGCGACAAUUUGUUUCGAUUUUGGAUGAUAUAUAUAUUUUUUUUUUAAUAUCGUACACGUACAUAUACAU